AGCAAGUGGCUCCUGGUCAACCUCAGAUCUACCUCCAAAUAACCUGCAAAAAUGCUGAAAAUAGGGAGUAAAAGCAACCUGGACGCUGAGUUUGUCGUUAAGAUCAGCUUACUAGAUGAUACAGAGCUCACCUGCGAGUUUCGGAGGGACGCCAAAGGGCAGACAGUAUUUGAUACGGUGUGCAAAGCCUUGGACCUCGUGGAGAAGGAUUAUUUUGGCUUACGCUACGUGGAUGACUCAAAACAGAGGCACUGGCUGGAUCUCAGCAAAAGUGUCAUCAAACAGAUGAAAUCAUUGAAGCCGCCAUUCAAGCUCUUCUUCAGAGUAAAGUUCUAUGCUCUAGACCCUGGCCUGAUACAUGAAGAGAUCACUAGAUACCAGUGCUUUCUACAAAUCAAGAGGGACAUUUUGCAUGGAAGGCUCUUGUGUUCCUAUAAUGAGCUGGCUGAGUUAGGCGCAUAUAUUGUGCAAGCUGAGCUGGGUGACUAUGAUCCAGAGGACCAAGAAGAUAAUUAUGUCUCGGAGUUCAGGAUUGUGCCAAAACAGAGUGAAAAGCUGGAAAAUAAGAUUGCCGACAUCCACAGAUCAUUAAGUGGUCAGGUUCCCUCGGUGGCAGAGAAAAACUUCCUUGACAAGGUCAAGAGUCUAGACAUGUAUGGGGUGGACCCACAUCCAUGCAAGGACCAGGAUAAUGUACAACUGUACCUAGGGCUGACUCCUACAGGGAUUGCAAUCAUCAGAGAUGGCAAGAAAGUCUCAGGGUUUGAAUGGGCUCAAAUAAUCAAGUGCUCAUAUGAAGGCAAAGUAUUCUAUGUCCAAGUUCACAAGGAUGACCGCAAAGCUAACUAUGGCUUCCGUCUGCCUGACCCGUUGGCUUGCAAGCAUUUGUGGAAGUGUGCUGUGGAACACCAUGCCUUUUAUAGGACUCCACAACAAAGAGAGAAACCACGGCGCCGGCCCUCCCUCUCGCCUCAAAAACUCUUUAGAAGAUCCAAGUAUAAAUACAGCGGUCCGACGCAGGAGGAUGUGAUAGCUGAAAGCGAAAAGAUCAACAGACCAGAGCCCGAGAUAAAACGAUCUGCAAGCGUCCGUAUCUCUAGGAGACUGAAGCCUCCAGCGCCUGAAAACAUUUCUGAGAGCACGGGUGAUCUCAACCUGCCCAAGCACCUGUCUCCGGAUUCUACCCCUGCUCAGCGAAAGCCCUCGGAAGAACUAGCGCAGUUUGAAACCCACGUUUUCCCAGAAGCCCCUCCGCAAGACGAGUCUGCGCUCGCCGAUAACGUAGACAACAUGCCCGACAACAAGCCGCCCCAAAAUCACGUGACCCCGCGCCACGAGGAUGCCCCGCCCUCUCAAACGCGCUCCGGAAGUAAACAAGUAAAGGAAGCGGAAGUAGAAUAUUACGGCCUGAAGAUGUUUAUAUUUGUGCUGUUUAUCAUUGCGCUUAUCAUGAUUCCGCUGGCGAUUGUUUGGGAGACUAGGAAGACGUAUUUCCGAUCCACGACACAGUUCAGGUCGUUCGCUCGAUGGAUGUACCGGUCGUUUGGUUUGCGCCUUUGAUUCACGCGUCUGUGAAUACUUAUUUUUACUACCGAUUUAACUGAUUUUAAUUCUAACCGACCUUCAAUCUUUAAUAGUCGUUAUUUAAUUUAAAUUUAUGCAGUAUUUGUACAGGACGCAAGGUGCAAAAUUGGUACGGGAGGUAUCUUUACUUUAUCACCUUAUGUGCUGAUGAACUCGGGUCUCCUAAGAAAACACGUAGAAUUUGCGAUGCAUGUUAAACUGUCUCAUUAAGAAAACUCAUGUUCGAUGGUAAGUGACUGAAAGUGAAAGAAAACUAAGAAACAUCGCACUCUAAACAAUCUGAAGUUUACUAUAGUUUCAGAUGGGAUACCCGCCAACCCUUAGCGGCACCGUGAGAUUUUGCACUAUGCGUGAGGCUUCAGUGCCUAUUUUGUUGAUUAUGACUAAAAAACUUGCUUCUUUUUAUUCCUUCUCGGUUUUACUUGCACUUAAAAAGAAAACAAAUUUUCAGAAAAGAGAUUAAUUAGCAAUAAUGUUACUAAAGUAUAUCAGUCUGUAAGAUCACGUCAAUGAGUUGAAUGGAAACCUCUGAUGCAAGGGAUCGGAAGACUUAAAAUCUGUAAAACGUCCGUGUAUUUUUGUACUUUUGUGAUGUAAUCCAUACUAUGCUUGUACGUACGCCAUAUAAGGCAUCUUAGUGACGUUACGACACCACCAGCCCGUCAAAAAGAAAUGAGACGGCUUACUUAACCCAUAAUGCAAUGGGAUUCCUAUAGGACGGCUUACUUAGCCCAUGAUGCAUUGCUUUGGUGACAUUUUCGAUACCAUCUAAAUUCAUAGGGAAAUAAGUGACGACGUAUUAUUGUACAAAGCACUUCAAAGUAUAAAACAGAAAAAAAAGUAAUUUUUGUUUGCUUGAACCUAAGCUUUUUCAGAAGCAACGCAAAAUAGCAACACAAUGCAUUAUGUGUAGAAUAAGGCUAUAUUGAAGUAAUAAAUAACCGUAUUCUUAAGAGCAAUUCUCCAAUUAUAUUGAUCUAUUCAAGAAUAGAAAAGUUAAGGCCGAUUUAUUUCUUGAUGAUUAAGGGCUGGUUAAGAAAACAUGUUCUAGAUCAGUGUAGAUCUUCAUUAGGGUGUAGAAAAUGAUGGAGAGAAUUUAGUCUAGUUUCCGUUAGAUUAAUUUAUUCCGAAGUCGGAGUAUUCUUAGAACCUUAAUGUACUUGUUUUUCACAAAUAGAUUGUACAGAUGAAGUAUUUUUAGAAUAACUAUGGUCUAAAGACAAUUCUAACCAGGCGAUAGUGCGGUAUUAGUAUUGUGGUAUAUAUCUGACUUAACUUCUACCAGAACUAUUUAUGCCCCCUUAAUUUACAACAUUUUAAUUCACGAGAAGCAUUCCCUUAUAAUUAUAGGGCUUCAUUAUAGAUGUACUUUGUGUUAUUUAAUAAAUUGUAUAAGUCCGA